CUAGUGUGACAGUAAUCAAAUAAAAAAUACUGAGAAGCACAUGUUAAAGCCUCAAAAUCUUAUGUUGGUUAGGUAACGAGUUUGGAGAGUUAUAUUUGGCAUUGGUCGUGCUGCUUUUGGAAUGUAGGCAAACUGGCAGACGAAUUUCUGUGGUGGUUUUUUAAUUUUCUCAAUGCCCGGCAGCGGCUCACCGGGAGCGUUUCAAUGUUGAAUUAGUCAUGUGUAGCAUCUCCCCAUGCUUAUUUAUCCAAUUAGUUAUGUGCAGCUAUAUUUGCUGUUUAUUUAUAGAUACUUAGCAUAGUUAUUUUUAAAUUAUUUCUCUUUCAUUUCGUCAUUCACUUCAUUACUACUUAUUCAAGAUGCUUGCUAGAGCUACGUUUUAUCCAACACUUCUAUACAAUAUUGUUAUGGAAAAAUUAACAUCAAGGACUUGGUACGACCGUAUUGAUGAAAUUGUUAUAUUGGGAGCCUUGCCAUUCCGAAAUAUCACUGAUAAGCUAAUAGAAGAAGAGAAUGUUAGAGGUGUAGUGUCAAUGAAUGAAGAUUUUGAAUUGCAAAGAUGGGUCACUACAGAAGCGGAGUGGAAAAACAAAGGUGUUAAGUUUCUACAGCUUCAUACUCAAGACAUUUUCCAUGCACCAAGUCAAGAGAAACUUCACAGAGGUGUGCAAUUCAUAAAUGAUUUUAUUGGUACUGGGAAAAGUGUGUACGUUCAUUGUAAAGCUGGAAGGACACGAAGUGCUACACUAGUUGGAUGCUACUUAAUGAAACGUCAUAACUGGACUCCUAAAGAGGCUGUUGAUUUGAUGCGUAAUCGUCGACCACAUAUACUGUUGGGAAGGAAACAGUUGGAUGCAUUAGAUAUUUAUCAUAGAAAUCAUGUUUUAAAAUAGUCAAUAUUAUCUGUGAUUUAAAGUGCCCAUUCAAAAUUUGUUUUAUUAUGUACAAAAAGGGAUUGUAUUAACUGGUAUUAUAAAAUAGUAACUGUAUUUAUUUCAUUUGACAGAAUUUAAAAGCAUAAUGCAUUUCAUGCAAUAAUUUCAAAGUGACAUUUUAAAUAUGUUAUGUAAUUAUUUUUCUAUAUGGGAUAUGUGUAUUAAUUGCAGGCUGAGGCUUGAUUUUAUAUUCUUGUACAAACAUUGUUUACUUGAAGUUUAUCGAAGCACUUAUUGUGAAUGUGCUUUUAUAUUGCACUUAUCUGUAGUGUUCAGUGCAUUAUAAAUAAUUAUAAAGAUAUUUAUGACUCUUAAGUUUAAUUUAGCUAUUAAUUUCUCUACUCCAGUUAAAAUAGAUUGACAUAGUUAUCAGUUACUGAGAGAUGGUAGCUGGAAGUUUUAAUAAACAAUUUUCUGGAAUAAUAAUGAGAUUUUAAAAUCACUUGUAAAUUCUUCUGCAGUAUAUUUACUAGCAUUAAUUUUCUUUUCUGAUUAAUCAAUGCAGACUUUAAAUUCUGCAUAAUUUUUCUAUAACAAAUAUAUUAGUCUUAUCAUUACUCUUCAAGGAUAAU